GAAACUUGUGGUUUAGACCCUCAGUCUGAUUUUGACCCGCCUGCCUGCCUUGCCCUGUUCUUGGAAUGACUCCCCGUUAUGAUCUAUAAGCCUGUGUUUUGGAUUCCUCAUUAAAAUCCCUUCUCAUAUAACCUGCCAGUCUGUAUUAUCUGCAUUUGGGAACUCCACCUUUCUGCCCUGUACCACACGUGACAAACAUAGUUUAGUGCAGGGUGAGUUUCUCAUUUCUUCACACAAUUCAACUUUUAAUGAAGAGAGACAUUUUUACAUAAAUUAUGUACAUUAAUAAUUAUAUUUGGAAGCAUAAAAGAAAAAUGAAAAAAAAAUGUAAAACUGCUUUUACAUAAACGCCAGGAAGAAAAAAGUGAAACACGUGUGUUGGUUAACAUUCUGCACACAAAGAAUGAAUACAGACGUCUGUUUGUCUUCUUCUGCUGUGAGAAUCAGCAGGUCAGAGGUCAGAGGUCAGAUCAGGUAUGUGACGAGGAGCUGAGAGAGGAAACAAAGAAGAAACUAAAAACCUCUCAGCUCAAUAUCUUAACACAGACUGCACACAGAGCUGCAAGCAUCAAGGAGAAACUAUCACAUCUACAGAUCCAGUUGGGCUGAAACAUGAUGAUUCGUCAGCUGCUGAGUGUCUUCAUCCUGCUGUCUGUCCUCACGCUGCUGGUGCCUGCAGGUGCAGAGGAGGGCGGGGUCGACACAGACGAAGGAGGAAGACAGAAGCGCAACGUCCCCAACUGGGCGCUGACCUCCUCCGACUUCUUCGGCUGGGUGGAGGAGCUGAGGAAACAUGCCGGAUACCAACACAUCGACGAUCUAGCUAGAACCUUCUGGGCUCACUUUCCCUCUGCAGACCGACUUGGGUACGGAACUCAUGAACCUGAAGAGUAGAAACACCAACAGGAGGUUUAGUUUGUGACAACAACAUGGUCACAACUGACAUGACCACAGAGGGAAUGACACAAGAACAAGAUAACAAGAUAACAAGAUAACAGAGAGAAUGAAAUGACAAGAACAAGAUAACAAAGAGAGAACGAGAUAAGAACAAGUUAACAGAGAGAAUGAGAUAACAAAAACAAGAUAACAAGAAGAUAACAGAGAGAACAA